AGUAUAAAUAUCCCGUUGAAGGGUUUCGAUGACUGUCUAGUCCAGGUUCAGGGGCAUAGAAAGCUAGAACAGUUCACUGGUUGUGUCACCUUCUGUUCAUCAUUUCUCUGAUUUCUCCACUCUCAGGGUAGUCCGCGCGGUACACCUUCUCAAUGGCAGGCCAUAUCGACGUGGAGGGUAAGGAAGACCUUGCCUCCAAGGAAAUCGAGAAUAUUGGCGAGGAGACUGUGCCACCAUGCUCACCCGAGGAAGAGGCUGCCCUUGUGCGAAAGGUUGACCUGAUGCUCCUGCCUACAAUGUGGAUCAUGUACCUCCUAUCGUACAUGGAUCGAACAAACAUCGGAAAUGCAAAGAUCUCAGGGAUGCAGGAAGACCUUAACCUAACAUCAGACCAGUAUUCGAUUUGUCUGGUCGUCUUUUUCAUCGGAUACGUUGUCCUCGAGGUUCCUAGCAAUCUCAUACUCAGUCGAACACGGCCCUCUUUGUUCCUUCCCGGAAUUAUGGUGAUUUGGGGAACGCUGACAUGUGUCAUGGGUGUCGUGAAAGACUUUAAACACCUCGUUGUAUUACGGGCAUUGAUAGGUUGCGUUGAGUCUGGGUUUGCACCAGGCGUACUUCUUGUUAUCUCUUCCUGGUACAAGAAAAGUGAACAAUCGAAGCGAUUUGGUGUCUAUAUCUCUGCCGCCGUAUUGUCCGGUGCGUUUGGUGGAUUAAUAGCUGCCGGUAUUGUCGGUGGCCUCGAAGGCGCACACGGUAUCAGAGGGUGGCGAUGGCUGUUUAUUGUUGAGGGAGCUGCUACUGUAGGGUUCGCAUUAAUAAGUUUUUUUAUACUUCCUGAUUUCCCCGCCACAACCAAGCGUCUAUCAGCAAGAGAGCGACAAAUCGCCAUUGCAAGAUUGGAAUCAGACAAUGUCACAGCUAUGACGGAGGAUGGCGAACGACUGAGUCCAUGGCAGGCUGUUCUGGGAUCAGUUAAGGACUGGCGGACAUGGAUGUUUGUUAUUGGAUACAUGGUUAUUGUUGGUGCCAGCACGCUUUCUUACUUCUACCCGACUCUGGUCAAAGGUCUUUUCGGCGACGCCUCCACCAUGAGAAUCAACUUCCUUACAAUCCCCAUCUAUGCAGUGGCAUUUGUCUGUACCGGCAUCACAGCAUAUUUCAGUGAUAAGAUUCCUUUGUGGCGUGGUGUUGUCAUUGCUGCCUGGCUGGCGUUCUCCCUUGCAUGCUCGAUUGCUGUUUGUGCGGUAUACGACUAUACUGCUCGAUAUGCUCUUCUUGUCCUCAUGGCAGCCGGUCUGUGGGCAACCAAUGGAGGUACACUUGCCUAUGCCUCCUCGGCCUUCGCGGACAUGCAGCCGCAGGUUAGAGGUGUCAGCCUAGCGCUGGUGAACGCGCUAGGGAACCUAGCCCAGAUCUAUGGUUCCUACCUGUUUCCGGACUCGGAUAGCCCGAAAUAUAUUAUGGGUUUCGCUGUGAUCUCGGCCAUGUUGGCAGUUGGUGUGAUUGUCUUCCUGAUUCUGCACGUUUGGAUUCGUCGCAAAGCCAAAUCAGAUGCGAGGCAGUAGGAGCUUGGACUUUUGAUUGCAGAAUUUUGCGCAUGAUUGUAUCUCAAGAUACGACCACAUGGUUGAACAACUGGCGCGUACUAAUCACUACCGGCGACAAUGGCAGUGUACCCUUGUUACGAAUAACGAACAAAUGUAUAUAUAUGAUGAGUCCCUGACGAAUGCACACCGUAAUAGGAGGUAAUACACCACAUGUGAUCCAGAAAUGUACUGCGCCGC